CCGGGUGGCGCAUGCGCAGUGUCCCCGGGCCAAGAUGGCGGCGCGGUGUACCACACGCUGGUUGCUGGUGGCUGUGGGGUCCCGCCGGCUGCCAGCUGUAGCGGGAACAGGGGCUCGGCCGCCCAGGGAGGGCGUAUUGGAGGCGUCGCUGGGCCGCAAGCUGAGCGUCGUUGCCUUCGCGCCUUCCCUGGGCGCUCGCAGUCCCCGGGCGCAGCUGACAUUGAGACCCGGUGUCAGCCUCACAGGAGCAAAAAGUUACCCUUUUAUUUGUACUGCCUCCUUCCACACGAGUGCCCCUUUGGCCAAAGAAGAUUACUACCAGAUUUUAGGAGUGCCUCGAAAUGCCAGCCAGAAAGAUAUCAAGAAAGCCUACUACCAGCUUGCCAAGAAAUAUCACCCUGACACGAAUAAGGAUGACCCCAAAGCCAAGGAGAAGUUCUCCCAGCUGGCGGAAGCCUAUGAGGUGUUGAGUGACGAGGUGAAGAGGAAGCAGUACGAUGCCUAUGGAUCUGCUGGGUUUGAUCCGGGGGCCAGCAGCUCUGGGCAGAGCUACUGGAGAGGCGGCCCCACUGUUGACCCUGAGGAGCUGUUCAGGAAGAUCUUCGGGGAGUUCUCCUCAUCUUCAUUUGGAGAUUUCCAGGGCGUGUUCGAUCAGCCUCAGGAAUACAUCAUGGAGUUGACAUUCAAUCAGGCGGCCAAGGGCGUCAACAAGGAGUUCACUGUGAACAUCAUGGAUACCUGUGAGCGCUGUGACGGCAAGGGGAACGAGCCCGGCACCAAGGUGCAGCACUGCCAUUACUGCGGCGGCUCCGGCAUGGAAACCAUCAACACGGGUCCUUUUGUGAUGCGCUCCACGUGUCGGAGAUGCAGUGGCCGUGGCUCUAUCAUCACGACUCCCUGUGUGGUCUGCAGGGGAGCGGGACAAGCCAAGCAGAAGAAGCGAGUGGUGAUCCCGGUGCCUGCAGGAGUCGAGGAUGGUCAGACUGUGAGAAUGCCUGUGGGAAAAAGAGAAAUUUUCGUCACGUUCAGGGUGCAGAAGAGCCCUGUGUUCCGGAGGGACGGUGCGGACAUCCACUCGGAUCUCUUCAUUUCUAUAGCUCAGGCCAUUCUGGGGGGAACAGCCAGAGCUCAAGGCCUGUACGAGACAAUCAACGUGACGAUCCCCCCUGGGAUUCAGACAGACCAGAAGAUUCGGCUGAGCGGGAAAGGCAUCCCCAGGAUUAACAGCUAUGGCUACGGAGAUCACUACAUUCAUGUCAAGAUCAGAGUUCCAAAGAGGCUAACGAGCCGGCAGCAGAGCCUGAUCCUGAGCUAUGCUGAGGACGAGACUGACGUGGAGGGGACAGUGAACGGCGUCACCCACACAAGCACUGGUGGCAGCACCACGGAUAGCUCCGCAGGAAGCAAGGCUAGGCCCGAGGCUGGGGAGGACGAGGGAUUCCUUUCCAAACUUAAGAAAAUGUUUACCUCCUGAUAUCCCAGCUGAGGAAAACGGUCUACCGGAAACUAGGCCAGAAACCAGCAACCCCUCCCUGUGGCCAGGGCGCCUUGGAGACAGGAAGAUUCCGGAAAAGCAGCACUGAGCCUCGCCUGCAGAGCCCUCUUGACUGCCUGGCAACAGCAAAAUCAUGUGACAACCAUUUCUCCUCAGAAGGUCAUGGUGGAUGGCCCUUGGGCAGUGAGAUACAACACCAAGGGCUGUAGAGGGCUCAUGUCCACAGGUGGGUGACUCAGCCUCCCUGGCUCAGACAGGGUAAGACACUUAGACACUUCUUGCAGCACUAAACUCUGAUUUGGAAUCCAGUGUGGUGGAGGUCAUAGCUAGAACUAAAGGCCAUGCUUACAGCUUAACAGUGAAGCCUUAAGCUGCACCCUCUCAGCAAACCUGUGGGAGGUUUUGGAACGAGUGCUUCCUGACAGGCUGUCUUCACCAGGAACCUGGGGCCCACACGCACAUCAGCACCUUCCUCCCACUACGGGCUCUGCUGGGUAAAGGUUGCUGCGGUUCCCAGAGGUACAGAGCAGCUGGAAAGUCGGUGUUUGGGGUCUGGGGAGGCACUGAUGAAGGCCAGAGUGUUCCUGGAGGCUCCCUUCCUGACCACGUGUGUGGCGGUCCUUGGGUAGUCCUUCUCCCACCCCACCCCAGGACAGCCACUGGUCCCCGCCUGUUGAGUUCUGUUGUCCUGAACAGGUGUGGUGACUCCUGCCCUUCUGAGCCACCACCACUGUGGCUCUGCCAGACAGACUUCAACCACAGUGGGAAAUCGGUUCUCCCCACUUUCAAACUGUUGACAUCUGUUUUCCAAAGUGUGUUUAAAUUAUUCAGUGCUAAGAAUCACUGUCUUUGCCUGUGUAAAUGUUCAGAAAGGAGCGCAGCGUCUAAGCUGUUGACAUUGAGCUGGAGCGCAAGACCUGUCCCCCAGCCCCUGCUGGGAGCGCGUUGCAGUUUCUGUUUCAGUGUCUUUGAGCUGUUGUAAGGCAGGUUAAUGAAAAACACUUUCUGUAGUUUCCUUUCUGCUUUCCUUUAUGAUUUAAAAAAAUAAAACAUCUAUUAGUGUCUGAUUUAAGAAUGUAAAAUGAUUCUGUAUCCAUGUAAAUAAGAUUAUCUACUGCAAAAAGAUAUU